CCAACGGUCGUCUGGCCGACGGACGCGUUGAGUCGCACUUCUAGAAGCCAAAGGGAACCGGGCACCCGCGGCGGAAACCCGUCAGGGCACGGCAGCCCUGCCCCUGCGAUCCUCCGUCCUCGCAUCGGGCGGUUCAGGCCGCUCUGUACUGUGGUUGCUUUAAAGCGGAGCACCCGACGCGACUGAGCGAGGUGGAGUGAACUGAGCCGCGAGCAGGCAGAGGGAAGGCACCGGCUCUGCACCGCCGAAGUCAAGUCUCGCGCCGGCCUUGCUGAAGAAGCCUUUUCUUGCCGAGAGCAGGAGCAACUCCAACAGGAGGCUAAGCGGGGGUGAUAUGACCAAAAUACAAGGCGCAGGGCCGCUGUACAACGACAGCGGCGUGUACGAGGCGAGGAAGAGGCAGUCGCUGAGGGCGCGGUACGUCUACGGGUUCAUAUUCUUCGCCACCAACCUGCUGGCCUGGUUCAUCAGGGACUACGGCGCCAAGGUGCUCCACGGACUGCACAAUAUCCCGGUUUGUGGAGCAGGAGACUCGAAAUGCUUCCAUUCUGGAGGAGUGCUUCGGGUGAGCUUAGGUUGCUUCAUAUUUUUCUGGCUCAUGUUUGCCACAACAUUUGGAACUCGCAAGCUCGAUGAAGUUCGUAACUCAUGGCACUCCGGAUGCUGGGCUCUGAAAUUUCUUGUGUAUGUCGGGUCAAUCGCCAUCCCAUUUAUCAUCCCUAACAUAUUUAUCCAACUUUAUGGUGAAAUUGCUCGAAUGGGUGCUGGGAUAUUUCUCAUCCUCCAGCUUAUAAGCAUGCUCCACCUCAUAUCAUGGUGCAAUAACCGUUGGAUGCCACACCCUGGAUCAAAUCAAUGUGGCCUAUUCGGAUUACUCUUGUCAACUGUUUCCUUCAUUGCCUCAUUUGCCGGAAUUGCUGUGCUAUAUGCAUUGUAUGUUCCAAAGUCCUCGUGCGUGUUCAACAUCUUUACUAUUAUAUUCACAGCAAUCCUGGUGAAGAUAAUGAUGGCAGUGUCACUGCACUCAAAGGUUAACGAGGGUCUUCUAUCUUCUGGAAUCAUGGGCUCAUAUGUUGUGUUCCUCUGUUGGUCUGCACUUCACAGUCAACCACAAACUGAAAAGUGCCACUCUGAGAUGAAAAUUUGGAAGGAUGGCAACUGGGCUACUAUAGUUAGUUUCAUCAUUGCAAUUUGCUCCAUUGCGAUGGCGACAUUUUCUACAGGAAUCGACACGAGAUCCUUCCAAUUCCGAAAUGAUGAGGUCCAAUUGGAAGAGGACGUCCCCUACAGCUACGAGAUAUUUCACAUUGUUUUUGCAAUGGGUGCUAUGUAUUUCGCAAUGUUGUUCAUCAGCUGGGAGCUUCACCAUCCAACAAGAGAGUGGAGCAUAGAUGUUGGAUGGGCUAGCACAUGGGUAAAGUUCAUGAAUGAAUGGUUGGCAGCUAGCAUAUAUAUUUGGAGAUUGAUCGCUCGAGCCAUCUCAAGAAAGACAUCUGCCAAUGACGAAGAGUCCGCGCCACAUAUCCUCGUAGCAUAAUCUCUGACCAAAAUUUAAAAUAUCUUGUUAAGUUACACUUUUGUACAGAUAAAAUGCCUGCACUUGUUUUUUCUAUUCCUUAGAUGUUUGUAGCUACUUAUAUGAAUCAUACGAAACGGACAUAGAGUAGCAGCCUAUCGGGAAGAAAAUAGAGCGCCAUCUUUCGUUUCAGUUUUGUUUGUGAAUGUCUGUCUGUAUUGUGUUCCUCGGAAA